UGUGUUUAAAGUGACAGUCAAUGCCAUUUGACGUUUGUAAAUAUUCAAUGUCUUUUCCCCCACUAAUUCCUACACAAAAAGAUGCUCUCAAGAAACCCAGCUUUUUACACUUGGGGAAUAAUUCGUUUAAAAGGUGGGCAGCGAACACUAAAGCUUCUUCGCCAUUCGUGUUCAUCUGACCACACUUCUGUCGCGGAUAAUGCGCCUCCUGCCAAACCGUUCAAACGCGCCACCAGAACCCAGAUAACCAAAGCUUCCACAGGAGUACGAUCUCCAUGUCAAGGGAUUUUGAGUCACUUCGAUCAUCAGUAUUCUGCAGAACUUGGAGAGUUGUGGAAGUCCACAAGAGCAGUGCUUCUGGACCCCUGCUCUUGGCAGUAUGGUGUGUUACUCAACCGCUUUACUGCGGACACACACCUCAAACAAAUCCUCCUCUCUCAUGGCUUUUCCACACUUCUGCGUCACACUGAAGGCUUCAUCCAGUCCAGUUCGGAAAGCCAAGCAGAACACAUCCACCAAUCAGACUGUGGUUUAGAUGAUCCUGGCAACCAGCCCGUCAUCAACUCUCCUGUUCCCUCUUUGAGUUCAACGCUGCAGUGCUAUGUACACCCACACAUUGUCCGUUUUCCACCACAGACACACAGGCCUGGUGAACUCAAGCAGUACUACCUCCUUAAUGCUGCCUCCCUGCUUCCAGUUCUGGCACUUAAAGUCCAGGAUGGAGAGAAGGUUUUGGAUCUUUGCUCAGCACCAGGAGGAAAAUCAAUAGCUAUUAUGCAGUCUGCCACACCAGAUGUUCUGUGCUGUAAUGAACCAGAUCCACACAGACGAGACUGGCUAGCCAAAACGCUGGAGUCGUUUUUUCCUCAACAGUUGAACACCAGAGUAAUAGUUUCUGCUCAUGAUGGACGGGCUUUCGGGCAAAUUGAGGAAGGAACCUACGACAAGGUUCUUGUUGAUGCUCCUUGUUCUAAUGAUAGAAGUUGGCUGUUUUCAACUGGCAGUGACCAGGUAGAAAAGAGAUUAAGUGAAAGAGCAGGACUCCCAGCACUCCAGGCUCAACUCCUGAGGUCUGCUUUGACAGCGGUGCGUCCAGGUGGAACAGUUGUUUACUCGACAUGUACCUUGUCUAGUUUGGAGAACUUUGCUGUAGUAGAGACAGUGCUGAAGGACUGUCCUGACGCUGAAGUCGAGGACCUGUGGGAGGAGAUUGGCUUUCUGCUGUCAGACUAUUUUACCUUCCUUCCUGUUCAUCAAGGACAGGUACCACACUUGAUGUCUUCACAUCCACAGGGUGGUGCUGUGUCCUUAAAUGCCCACAGACUUGGCCUCUUAGUUGUUCCCCAGCCAAGCAGAACUUGGGGACCAAUGUUUUUGUCCCGGAUAAGAAGGAGGUCAUAACAACAAACACUUGUUUUUCAUGUUCUUCAUCAAAAGUACAAGAACACAGACUUGUCUAUGAUAAAUAAGUGUUAACCCUCUUCUGUCACUAGCAUUUCUCAGCUUCACUUGAACCUGACUCUACAGUGACUUUAUCCAACAGAAAUAGGUUCAGCCGAGUCAUAGAUCAAGGUGGCACAUCCUUAGUGUUGAUGCUAAUAAUUCUCAUGGUCAUCAGUUUUCCGUGGUGCUCUCCAAUGUAAAGUGAUUCAGAAGUUUGCCACAUCUUCCAUUGAUAAGUGAUCUUCAACUGUUCAUGUGUUUCACAUGGUUUGUCUGUACGUAGAAAAAAUAUUUAUUUCAUGUGUUUAUGUAUAACAUAGACGCAGUUACAAAGAUAAAGAAGAGCACGUCCUACUUCUAUUCUUUAGUGUUGUAAACAUUAUAGUAAACACGUUUAUUUUUUUGUGGGUGUCACAUUUGAGUUUUUCCUUCCUUCACAAGCACCCAAUUUAAACCCGGAAACAAGCAAAGAACAAGUAGCAAGUCAGAAGCUUCUUUUGUUUAAUAAAUUCAGAAAUUGAAUGUGUAAUGAUGGCAUACACCGCAGUGUGGACUGUUUAGGGCUUUUAUGCAACUAGUAAACACUGUGGCUUCUCAUUUGGCUCACUGGUUAAAUGUCACUGUCAUCAUUGUGCCAGUUUCGACUAAUGCACAAAUGGAGCUCAACCAAAUAUGUGACAUACUUGAGAAUUAACAUCAAAGAUGAUCAUAUUUAUUUGUUUUUUUUUCCUUGUAAAUUGAGUUGUAAAGGGUCUCUCUGUUCCAGUUUUCCCUCUUUGGUGAUCAAAUCCCACAUGCUAAUGGAGUAGCUUCAUAUCACAAUAAAAUGUUUGUCAUUUCCAAGUCAUAAGUUAUAUUUUGCAAAAUGGCUCCCUCGCUUGAAAUGCUCUGUUUACGUUGAAUGGCCGACGAUGAUCACAAAAAACUACAAACACGUCGGAAUGAGCCAUGCCCAUGAAUCCAAUCCAGUUUCAAUGGAUCACAAAUGUCACGCAGUGGAGCAUUUAAAGCUAACAGCUUAAACAAAUCUGUUUGCUAAUAAAAACAAAACGAACUCACGUGUUAUCUUGGUAUAUUGGAUGUUUGUUGCUGCGUCUUAACACCAAAGUUAAUGUAACAAUGAAACCCUGUGACGUAACACAACUCUACUCUGUUAAUGUGUGAUGUUCUCGUCCUCCAGCGCUACUGUUUUAACAAGAUAAAGUAUAAACUUAGUUUUAGAAGUGUUAGAUAACUUAUCUUGUUUUAAGCCAACAUUUCUUAUUUCUAGUGUUCCACUUUUCACGAAGAUCAUAAAUCUAACCUUGUCUUUUUUUUGUCUACAAUAAACAGGAAAUCUUAAAAUGAGGUAAAUAACUGUUGAAAUAUAAUAUUUUACAUCUCUGCCCCUGUCCCAUCAAAAAUAGAUCUUAUGAGAUUUAGUAAUAAACUCAAGUUGCUACAUUCAAUUCUUAAGUAUUGCUCUUAUUUCAAGCAUGUUGAAAUACAGC